UGAACGAUCCCUUAACAUCCUUUUGUUGCACAGAAUCCAUCUCCAGAAUGUAAACAAUCGAAAGAGAAGAUCGAAUCGGGCUCAAAACGAAAAAACCAAACGCGAAAAACCAAAAUCAGCAAAAAUUACGAACCACUCGAAACUAUGUCUGGAAAUAAAUCCAAAGGUUGGUUCAAAUCUGCGUUCGACUUCGAAGGGAAAGUAACAACACCAACGGUCAAACGCAGUUCUUCCACGAGUCAUCGUUGGCCAACAUCACCGAGCUCUGUAGCUACCGUAGCUACACUAACUGCUCCGUUGGACACUUCUUCCUCCAAGAAACCUAAGCUAAGCCGAAGCACGAGUUUGACGGUCCAACAGAAGCCGACACCUGUUGCACGUACCGAUGCGGAAUUGCGCCAGUUCGACUGGUCUGUCGAUCUGGCUCCAAAGUCUGUCACGGAUUUGGCGGUCCAUUAUAAGAAGAUCGAGGAAGUCCAACAGUGGUUCCGAACGUACGACCGAAUCAAGGAAACGGAUCCCACUGCCAUCCUGUUGGUUUCCGGACCGGCGGGUUGCGGCAAGAGUACGACCGUGAAAACGAUCGCCUCUGAGUUCCAGUAUCAGGUUUCCGAAUGGACCACCCCGGUGGACGUAGAUCUUUUCUAUCAUGAUAACUAUGACUUCGACGGUGGAACAAAAGAGGAGCUUACUUUCCGGGAGAAUCAGAAGGACCAGUUUGAUUCGUUCCUGUACAAAACAUCCCGAUAUUGUUCGAUUUUCGAAGGCGAAUCGGAUAACAAGCUUUUGCUAGUGAAGGACAUUCCAAACGCGUUUUUGCGCGAUCCGGAAACGCUUAAGGCAUCGCUUGAAGCCUACCAGGACACGGGGGCGUCGCCGCUGGUUUUCAUCGCAACGGACACGUCGAGCAAGAAGCUCGACAUUGUGUACAACUUGUUUCCGCCGGGUGUUUUGCAGGACUUUCGAAUCCAUCACAUCACCUUCAACAGCGUUUCAGCGACGCUAAUGAAGAAGGCAAUGAAGCGAAUCACCUCGCUAAUGGUCGGACCGGAAAUGACCCAGCACUAUCGGAUGCCUUCGCAGGACAUGAUCGACAGUAUCAUUCUAUCAUCGCAAGGUGAUUUGCGUAGUGCGACGUUAAAUGUGCAUUUCGCUUCGUUGAAGAACGCUCCCCGGCUGGAAACGGAAACGAUUGCUGGAAGUGGGGUGGUGUUGAAUACGUCAGGUGUGCGGAGCACGAAGGGCAAGAAAAAGGAAUCCAAGCUCAAGUCGGUUGGAUCGGAUGGGAGCAUUACGUUGAUGCACGCUUUGGGGCGCGUGUUCAAUCCAAAAUUCGAUGAGACGAACAAGCUGCACCACUCACCGGAGGAUCUAGCGGAGGCUUUCGUGUCGCAACCGGGUGCGAUGAUAUCGUUGAUCCAUUCGAACUAUGUCAACCGGUUUACCGACAUUGACGACAUCGUUGGGGCGGCGGAUGUUCUCAGUUUGGCCGACGUAAUUACGAGCAGCAGCUUCCGGGAGGACCAAUUGACCGGACAUGGGCUGAACUUGGUUGAGGGAAUGAUGAUGCACAACCGGAAGACGGCCGCUGGAUGGCAGCAGAUUAGGAAAAAGAAAACCUUUGAUAAACCGAGCGUUAGCAACCACGAACAGCAGUUGAGAAAAUUUGGUCUUGAAACGUCUUCUAUCUCGGCAGGAUUGUUUGUGACAGACUAUAAAAAAUAUUUAGAUAUUAUAAAAAAGGCGGCGAAGGGAUAGAUUUAUUUGUUUUAAAAUAGUAUAGAAUAAAUUUUCAUAAAUAUGAUGGCUAGAAAUUAUGCAUAUAAACUAAAAUAUAUGUUUUAAUGUUUGUUAUUCUAAUGAAGAUCGAAAUAAUAAGACUUGUUAAAUAUUA